AUGCUCGGUGCGACGUUCGCCCGAGACGGGCGCGCGCGUGGGUUUGAUGACGCGACGAACGCGAGAUUCACGACGAAUCAACGACACGAUGGCGAUCGAGCGAAGACGACGAGGGACGACGCGUCCCCGGGCGCGCGGUGUGGACACACGCUCACGGCGCUGCGUUGGAAUCAGCGCACGAAGAUUGUGUGCUUUGGUGGGGCCACGGAGCUGGAGGGGGCGAGCGCGAGCGCGCUGGGUGACGGGAGAGGAGGGAGUCCGCUGCACGGCGGCGGACGAGACGGAACGAACUGGGUGAAACUGAGCGGCGCGACGAGCGAUCUUCGCGUGUUCGACCCGCAGGGUGGGGAGUGGGACGAGCUGAAAUGCGGUGGGGACGUGCCGAGCGCGAGAGCGGCGCACGGGGCGGCCACGGUGGGUGGGAUGCUCGUCGUGCACGGAGGCAUCGGUCCGGACGGGUUGGCCGACGGCGACUUGUACGUGUUGGAUCUGGCGACGAAGGAUCCGAAGUGGCAUCGCGUGCACGUCAAAGGGGAUGGUCCGGGGCAGAGGUACGCGCACGUGUUGAGUUUCGUCGCGCAAAGAUUUUUGGUCGUCAUCGGCGGUACAGAUGGGUCCAAGUGCCUGGGCGACACGUGGGUGCUCGACACCACGACCAAGCCGUACGCGUGGAGCAAGUGCAACCCUACGGGGCCGACUCCGAGCCCUCGAACGUAUGCGAGCGCGAGUACGCGCACGGAUGGGUUGUUGCUCCUGUGCGGUGGACGCGGCGCGGAUGGCAUGGCGCUCAACGAUGCCUUCGGUUUGGCUAGGCACCGUGACGGACGUUGGGAGUGGGCCGAAGCGCCGGGUAAGGCCCCGACACGUCGGUUCCAACACGCCACCGCUUUUGUGGACACGAGGUUGCACAUAACCGGUGGUGCGUCCGCGGGGGGACAACUCGUGCCCGAGGAAACGACGAUGUCGAUGCUUGACACGUCCGCGGGCGGCAGCACCGGGUGGCGCGAAUGCAAGAGAGACGGGCCAAAGACGGGCUUAGUUCAAGAUGCGAAUGCGCUCGUGGGGCCACGAUGCCGCCACGCGAGCGUAUCAUACGGUCCAUUCAUUUUCGUUCACGGUGGCUUGCGAAACGGCGCGCUGUUGGAUGAUUUGGUCGUACUCGAGGAGCCUCCAGAGGAGAGCGGCACUACGCGAGCCGAGCGCUCUCGAGAGUUCGCGACGCUCAUCGACCCGAACUCGUUGGCUUGGCGUAACUGGCUCACCGAUACCGGUCUGGCGGCGGAGAUUCUUGGGAUGCAUUCUCCCAGGAACACGCGCGACACAUUCGCCAUCAAUACUCAACGCGACGCGACGUACUCGAAUGGAUCGUUCAGCUCGCCUAGCUCGCCGCCAGAGGUUACGUUACGUCCGCUCGGAGGCUCGCCGAGCUCGCCGGACUCUCCGGAGGGCAUGAACGCGAAUGCCGAGCAAGAGUUGCGUCACGCGAGCGCACAAGAGGCAGCGGCGGCGCUCGACCUAGUGGCUCGACGGAAGUUUUCGCUCGGCGGGUCCGAUUCCGGCUCUCCUGGCGGAUCAUCCGUGCACACGCCGUCUCCAGGUUUCGCCGGUCUAGGCUCACCGGGCGAUGCGCGACGCACGCCAGCUUCGGAGGUUAGGUUGCAUCAUCGUGCGGUUGUCGUCGCAGCCGCUCCGUACGACUCGGAAUCGAAGUCGACCCCUCGCGGGGUGGCGAGCAUGGUGCGUCAACUGUCCAUCGAUCAGUUUGAGAACGAAGCGCGGCGCAUCGGCACUCCGGGAGCGGACAUGUAUACCCCAGGAGACACACCAGCGAAGUUGGCUCGUGCGAGACGCGCCGCUGAGCUCGGGGCGCAACCCGUGCACAGGGUGGUGAUCACGCACUUGCUUCAUCCUCACACAUGGGAACCAAGCCAAGAUCGACGCUUCUUCCUCAACGCGGCCGCGAUCAACGAGUUGUGCGAUGCCGCGGAGCACUGCUUCAAGAAUGAGGAAACUGUAUUGCGGGUCAACGGGCCGGCGAAGAUCUUCGGUGACCUUCACGGUCAGUUUGGGGAUUUGAUGCGUUUAUUCGCGGAAUACGGCUCGCCAUCCACCGCGGGCGACAUCGCGUACAUCGACUACGUCUUCCUCGGCGACUACGUCGAUCGUGGUGCGUACUCUUUGGAAACCAUUUCGCUUUUGCUCGCGUUGAAGAUCGAGUACCCGAACUCCGUGCACUUACUCCGCGGGAACCACGAAGAGUCCGACAUAAACGGGCUGUUUGGAUUCCGCAUCGAGUGCGUCGAGCGCCUCGGCGAAGCUGUUGGCGAUCAAGUGUGGCGAAGAUUCAACAGUCUGUUCGAGUGGCUUCCACUCGCUGCUGUCAUUGAAGAUCGAAUUUGUUGCAUGCACGGCGGUAUCGGGCGAAGCGUGACGCAUUUGUCGCAGAUUAACGAUCUUAAGCGUCCGCUGACGAUGGAGAACGGCGGCGUAGAAUUGAUGGACAUCCUAUGGAGCGAUCCGACGGAGAACGACGGCAUCGAGGGCUUGCGCCCGAACGCUCGCGGGCCCGGACUCGUGACGUUCGGUCCCGAUAGAGUCAGGGCGUUCUGUGAGACGAACGGGAUUCAGAUGAUCGUUCGCGCGCACGAGUGCGUCAUGGAUGGUUUCGAGCGCUUUGCCCAAGGUCAGUUGCUCACCGUGUUCAGCGCCACCAACUACUGCGGCACCGCGAACAACGCGGGGGCAAUCUUAGUGCUCGGUCGAGACUUGACGCUCUAUCCCAAGCUCAUUCAUCCCUUGCCUCCGAUCGCGAUGGAGUCCUUGUCUCCCUCCGACCGCAUCGACGACAACCUCUGGCUCCAAGACGUCAAUCGAGAGCGACCACCUACGCCGCCACGCGGUCGCUUCGGCCAGAGUCAGCCGACGAUCGGUCUCAUCAACCCGAUCUAG